AUGACUUCCAUCUCUUCUCUCAAAUCGACUUCUUUUGUUAUUGCUGUAACACUCAUUCUUUCGAUUCAAUUUAUUUUGAUCGAUGCUCAUGGUGGUAUUAGUCAUGAUCACGAAGAUAGUCCAGUCAGUCAUGACGAAUCUAGUAGUACUCCCAAGAAUGUCGAUUCAAGGAAGCUUGUCAUAGUUAAAAUAUGGUGUUUAGUCAUAUUUCUUGUUAGCACCUUUGUAUUUGGAGUCUCCCCCUACUUCUUACGAUGGAACGAGAACUUUCUCGUUCUUGGGACUCAGUUUGCUGGAGGAGUCUUCCUUGGAACAGCGAUGAUGCAUUUCUUAAGUGAUUCCUCUUCUGUUUUUUCGAACCUAACAUCCCUUGAAUAUCCAUUUGCUUUCAUGUUGGCUUGUGCUGGAUACGUCCUUACCAUGUUCGGGGAUUACAUAAUUAUGUACGUUGCCAAGAAAAGCGCAGGGAAAAAGAGGGUGGCAGUAGAAGAACAUAGAGAUGAGGAGCAGCCAGAGAAAGACGAAGCGAUGGAGCACAGCCCGAUCUUCAUAAGAACUACAUCAAUUGGGAACUCUGUUCUUCUCAUAGUUGCUCUUUGUUUUCACUCUAUUUUUGAGGGCAUUGCUGUUGGAAUUGCAGAUAAUGAAGGAGAUGCAUGGAAGAACUUAUGGACUAUAGCCCUGCACAAAGUUUUCGCGGCCAUUGCAAUGGGGAUUGCCCUCUUAAGAAUGAUCCCAAAGCGGCCAUUUUUGGCAACCGUUGCUUACUCUUUUGCCUUUGCGAUUUCAAGUCCUAUCGGUAUAGGAAUUGGAAUUGCCAUUGAUGCAACAACCGAAGGCCCUACAGCUGACUGGACUUACGCCAUUUCCAUGGGAUUUGCUACCGGGAUAUUCAUCUAUGUUGCUAUAAAUCAUCUCAUUUCCAAAGGUUAUAAGCCACAUUCUCCCAGUUACUUUGACACCCCAUUUUAUAGAUUCUUUGCUGUUCUUCUUGGAGUUGCUGUCAUUGCAGUUGUGAUGAUAUGGGAUUAAGACCCAUCACAAUUGUAAUUAUUUUCAUCCAAACCUUGUUCAGUAUUUGAGGUAAUUAAUACAAAAUUUCCAUAAAACUUUGUUCCUUUGUUGA